AUUAGGAUGGAGAUAAUUUUAGAAUACAUUAUGAAAAAUUUUUAAAGAAAAUAUUCGAUACAUGUGGAUAAAUGAGUCUUAUGCUCGCAUUCCAACUUUUGUUAUGUUUUUUUCGCUUUUGUUGAUUAACAGGCGAAACCUUGUGUUAACAAGAAUUAUUUUUAACCAAGAAUCUAUAUAAUAUUUUCCUAUUAUCGAUAAAUUGAGAUUUGUGAUUACAAUCCAAUUCUUGUUUUUUCGUUUUGUUGAUCAACGGGCGAAAUCUUGUGCUCACAAGAGUAUGCUUUUUCUUACUAGAAUAUCCUUCUUAUUAUUCAUAAGUUGAGAUUUGUGAUUACAAUCCAACCAGUUUUUUUGUCAUUGUUGCUAAACAGGCGAAGCUUUGUGUUCACAAGAAUUUGUGUUAAUCAGAAAUCACAGUAUCUAAUAUAAUCAUGUGAUAAGAUAAAAAAUUAAAAAAUGUAUUUUUAAUUACAGUGUAUUAAACAUUAAAUCAAGCUGUUCUACCAGGGGGUAAAGUGAACAUGUUAAAACUAAAAAUGCAUGUGAAAAUCAGAAUAAUUGGACAUUCAAUAGUAGAAAAGAUGAAAAAUUCAGAUUAUUCAAUCAAUUUAAAACUGGAACAUGACUCCUACGUUGCAACAUUGACUAGUAUUCCUGGAGGCACAAUUUUCGAGAAAAAAUCUAUUCGUACUCACUGCCACAACUGUCCAGAAGGAUCUGAAGCUUAUUUGGUUAUUAUACAGAUGGGGGAAAAUGAACUGUCUAAUCUGGGACCAAAAAUAGUAGCAAGGAACAUUUUAACUUUCUCUCAGGAAAACCUUAACAUUUAUUCACAUGUACGCAGACUGGUUAUUGGUUCAUUGAUUAAAAGGUGCCAUUCAAGAUCAAAAUAUAAAAUAAAAACUCAACAACAAGAAGACAUGUACAAUAUUGAUAUCGCAGCAUGUAAUCAUAGACUUCAGAAGGCCAUCAGGAAGAUCAAUAACCCUAGGUUAAGAUUCAAGAAACAUAAAGAUUUUGAUAAUUACAAAUCCCAGUACCUAUGUAACAUAGAUAGUUGGAUUGAUCCAGUGCACCUCAAUAAACUAGGCAAACAACAUUUACUUAGAAGUUGGAAGGGAAUGCUACUAAACUACAUUACAGACAGGACAUCGGGAAUUAUUUAAGUGAGUGAGAUUGGCAUUGCUCGUUAAACCAAUGCUACUUUAGGGAGUAUAACUAUGAUAAGAUAUGAUU